AUGGGAAGGAGAGCCCGGUCGGUUCUUCUGCAAGCCCCUCCCCUCCUGCGUGCGAUUUCUCCAACGAGUUUUGCGACAACGGGCACAUCUCCGAGCAGGAAGGAAUGGGCAAGGGGGCUUGUUCCUGCAGCCAUGGCCGGGUCGCCUGGAAACCUGAUAAGCCUGAUGGGAGAGUCGCCGCCCACCCAGCCCUCUUCUUAUGAGGAUUCCAGGGCAAUGCAAUACGGGUGGUCCUCCCCGAGACCUUCUAAUCACUACCAGCUGGCGUCAGCUUCCCCUCCAAGACCGGCCACACGCCCGCUGAGCUUCCAGAUGGAUGGCCACUACACUCCCCCCGACCUUCACGGAAAUACAAUAGCAGCAGCACCUGCCGCCCACAGAAACUCGAUGCACUCAUAUCUUGCCCAUGCCCGAGCCAGCCCGAAUCCGCCACUGCCUCACCAACCCCAGGCGCACUUCUAUGGACUGCCUGGCAUCGAUUUUGACCCCCAACCGCUAUCUGGAAUGAAGGCUGGAGAGAGGGGUUAUCAUUUCGGGUUCGACACUCUCCCGUCACCGUCUGCUGACCGCCUUCUUGGCAAGGAUAACGUAGUCCUUUGUGGCUAUGAGGGAGGACUGGAGGUGCAUUCCGUUGGGAAGCGAGGAGCAGAGUAUGUCGCUAGUCUGAAGGGACUGCGAGGAGGUGUCUACCAUGCCAAAAUCCUGCCGUGGACCUCGCCCGGAUCGGACCUGUUCCCUCUAGUUGCCGUCGUUAUCCAUGGCCCCGCUGUCCCGUUGUCCUCUCUUGGGACGGCCAAUGACGGCGACUAUGAUGCGGUCUCCGCUGACAGGUCCGAUGCCAUCACAAAUACAGCCCCGGAAACGGGGACCAAAGAUGGCACGGGCAUCAAACCCUCCCCCGGUUUUAUUGAGGCGUACCAAACAUCGGUGGAAGUGUACUCCCUGAGGACGAGCGAGCUGGUCGAGGUUCUUCUUGAGGUGCCUAAGAUACCCCUCAAGACACCGAUAACGAGCCCUGUCUUUAAGGCCCCUUCGCCGACUGGAGCUCUCAACAUCAAGGCCGACGAUGGAAGCAUUCUUGUAUCUUCAGGAGUGACCGGCGAGUGCUGGCUGUACCGGCAGAUGAUCUUCUCGCGCGAAAACCGUGUGCAGUUUGUUUGCCUUGGCAAAUUGUGGACCACUCUUCAGCAUCCUCCCAAAGGAGAUACGGCAGGGGAAGCUGAUCGAGGACUGGUCCGGACCCAGCCUCGUCCGCGGCCGCAGAGCGCGAUUCUCUCACUGAGGGGAAGAUGGCUCUCUUACUGCCCGGCGACUCCUUCAUCCCAGAUUGCCCUAAGAGCAUCAGUCCGAGUUCUGGCCUCUAGCAAGGCUCCUGGACUCUCGUCGAUGACUCCGCCGCAGCUGCCUCCCAUAAACUCCGAGGUUGAUCUACCGAUAUCCGAGAGCGCCAUGAACAAGAUCAUGCGCGAUGCAACGCAGGAGCUGAUCCAGGGCGCAAAAUGGGUUGGCAAGCAAGGCUGGCAAGCUUGGAACAAAUAUUGGAAUCCACCAGCCUCACAACCGUCGCGGUCUCCUCCGUUUGGUGCCCAGGGCUGGGGAGGUGCCUUCCACCAACGGCAAGAGCCUGUCCAGUUCCCUCCGACGCAUGGGACUGUAACGCCGCCCGCCCCAAAGGACCCUGGGCUCAUCUCUAUCCUGGACAUCGAGUCCCUAAGUACUUCGCCUUCGUUGCACCCGACCAGCACCUUCCUAGCUCCCUAUGGCUGCAGCUUUCUCUCGCUUGCCCCCUCGGGGCUUUUGCUUUUCACUGCGAGCAGCAAAGGAGAUGUGCAGACAGUGUGGGACCUCAUGCGUAUCCAGUACACCAAGGCAUCGACACUCCAAUCGCCCCCCUCGUCGUCCGCUAAUGGCGGCUCCCGGGUCCGCCAGGUGGCACAAUUCUCCCGCAUGACGGUUGCUCGUAUCGUCGACGUUGCGUGGACGAAGCCCAAUGGUGAACGUGCUGCAAUGGUCACCGAGAGAGGAACAGUUCAUCUUCUGGAUCUCCCGUCGGGUGCCUUCACCUGGCCUCCGCCAAGGCGGAGAACUCGACCGCAGGACGACCAGUCGGCCACUGCCGAAGGGGGCCAUUCGGCCGUCUCCAUCGCCUCAAAUGCACUGAGCUCGGUUCGCGAUGUAGCCAGACCACUCAUGAACCGGCCGCGACGAAGCAGCUCUAAUGUGCCACAGCAGACAAGCCCUAGCUUGGUGGAUCAUGCCAGCCAUGGAGGGAAGGUGAUUGCCGCGAGCAUUAGUCAUUCUCUCGGCAAGACAGGCACUGCAAUCAGCCAGCUGCGGCACACUGGAGAGAACCGUGUCUCUCUUCCCGCCAGUACCAUUUCUCCCGGUCCAUCGUGCGUUGUCUGGAUAACAACCAGGAAAGAUCACCACCUGUUUGUCCUGGGCGGCGGCCUAGUCCGGACCUUCCCAACUAAGAGCCGGCGGAUGUCCUUAGGAGGUGGUGCUAGGCAACGAGCGACUCGUUUGACACGAUACAAGGAUUUCAGGCUCCCUAAUCUGCCAGAUAGCGUCCUCGCUCCGUCAAUCAAGAGAUAUCUCGACCCUGAAGAGUACUUGGACUUGACGGAGAAGGAUCUAGAUGCAGGCAAUAACACGAUGGUGCUUGAUAAUCGGUCGAGGCUACAACAAGCGGGCGACCCCAGUGCCGAGUCCUCGAUCCCACAAGCCGAGAUAGAAUCAAACGCUCCCUACCAACCUUUCCACACGGAUAGGCGAGUGGCGCUGUACGAGUACUGCGAAGAUGACGGCCUAGGAGGGGACUUACCAGCUCUGUCGGCACUCUUUGCGACGGCAAGCCUGGAAGACAAGCCAACCGCGACGGGAUCGCGACGGAAGCGGCAGCAGCAGCAGCAGCAGCAGCAGCAACAACAUGAGCAACAGAAGCCGCGGCAGGAGGAGGCUGGGUCAUCCAGUUCGCACGACGUCUGGGUAUUUGGGCAGCCAGCCAAUGCAGCAAAGCUAGAUCUCGGCUUGCCGCUCACGGCCGAGGAAUCAUUCAACAUUGCUUCGGACGAAUCACGCGCUCUGCCGGCUUCAGCGAUGGAGAGAGUCCUGCACCAUUCUGGUGUAAAUGACGACCAGAUCGUCGUCACCACGCGCCGGAGAAGAGGGGCUGGGCGUUCGGCCGACCCCGACGACGACGGGUUUUUCGAGGACGACUGCGAGGUCCUCGACUUUGCCGAUCAGCGAGUCUAA